UAUCACCAUGAUCCCCGUCUUGGCCGCCGUCGCCGCCCUUCUCGCCAGCGUUAUCAUGUUCGGUUUCGGCAAGAAGCGCUUCAAUCCCGCAGGUCAGUUCUGCUACGUCCCCGGCGGGUCCGCAGGCCUCGGCAAGUCGCUCGCGGCUGAGCUUGUGCGUCGUGGCGCGCACGUCGUAAUUGUGGCCCGUGGCGUUCAACGCGCACAAGAGACAGUCGAGGAGCUCAAGACCCUGGCCAAGCCUGAGCAAAAGGUCCUCUUCGUCAACGCCGACCUGUCCGACCAAGAGUCGUCGGCACGCGCGCUGAGCGACGCUGCCGCCGCGUUUGGCGGGCGUGCACCUGACCAUGUUUUCCUGUGCGCCGGUAUGGCGCGGCCCAUGCUCUUCAUCGACGCGAAGCCUGAGGACCUUAAGAGCAACUUUGACGGCGUGUACUGGGUUUCGGCGUGGACUGCGCAUGCGGCGGUGCAGAUGAUGGUCAAGCAGAAGGUGCAGGGUUCCAUUACGUUCGUGUCCUCCUUCCUCGGAUACACAGCGUUCGCCGGAUACACGACUUACACACCCGGCAAGUUUGCCCUGCGUGGUCUCGCGGAUACGCUCCGCAACGAGUUGCUCAUGUUUGGCAUCAAAGUGCACUUGUACAUGCCGGCGGGCAUGUUGUCACCCGGCUACGAGGAGGAGAACAAGACCAAGCCCAAGAUCACGCAGAAGAUCGAGGAGGGUGACGCGCCGAUCAGCUGCGACGCGGCGGCCGCCAUCCUCGUCAAGGGCCUCGAGCGCGGCAACUACCAGAUCACAAACGACUUCGUGACGGAACUCGUGCGCGUGGGCGCCAAGGGCGCGGUGCCAAGUAACGGCUUGUUGGACAUCUUCUACGGAAUCAUCGCGGCGAUUGGCUUGCCUAUCUGGCGCCGCAUCACGGACAGCCAGGUGCGCGCGGCGGGCAAGGAGGUCGAGGCGGGCCUCCAGGCGCGCGGCUUCUACGCGUAGAAUCAUAGAGCUCGUAUGCAGGAUACAUCUAGGCGUGUG